AUCUUGAUUAACAAUCCAAACCGCACCCCAACGUCACUGUUCACACUCCCGGGCACGACACCUCUAUCUUCCUUGCAUUCUUGUCACAAUAAAUAUCCACAACGUUCAUCUUUCCAGAAAGAUCCCUUUUCUCUUGAAAGUAAAAAUCAGUAAUUUUAGCAGAGUGUUGGAGAAAGCAGUGGGAAACAAAAAAAAAGGGGGGAAAUGAACAGCGCAAAGGGAAGGACGACUCUUGAUGUGGGAGCUGAUGGGGUUGCCAUCAUCACCAUCAUCAACCCGCCUGUCAAUUCUCUUUCAUUUGAUGUGUUGAACAGCUUAAAAGAAACCUGUGAGCAGGCAUUGAGAAGAGAUGAUGUGAAGGCAGUUGUUAUCACAGGUGCACAAGGAAAGUUUUCUGGUGGUUUUGAUAUUAGUGCAUUUGGGAAAAUUCAAGACAAAAGUGUCCAAGCUCCAAAGCCUGGUUUUGUAUCUGUGGAGAUUCUCAAUGAUGUUGUGGCAGCUGCAAAAAAGCCCUUUGUGGCUGCCGUUGAUGGUCUUGCCCUGGGUGGAGGAUUAGAGGUUGCAAUGGCCUGUCAUGCACGUAUAUCUACCCCCACUGCUCAAUUAGGAUUACCUGAGCUGCAGCUUGGGAUAAUUCCUGGAUUUGGAGGAACACAGGCACUUCCACGCCUCGUAGGUAUAGCUAAGGCCCUUGAAAUGAUGCUGACAUCAAAGCCUGUGAAAGGGGAGGAGGCCUUAAAUUUAGGCCUUGUGGAUGCUCUUGCUUCACCAAAUGAAUUGGUGAAUACUGCUCGUCAAUGGGCUCUUGAUAUUUUGGAGCGGAGAAGACCUUGGGUUAUCACUUUUUACAAAACUGACAAGUUAGAACCUCUAGGCGAAGCAAGGGAAAUACUAAAAUUUGCUCGAGCUCAGACCCGCAAACGGGCUCCAAACCUCAAGCAUCCAUUAGUUUGCAUUGAUGUUAUCGAGGAGGGUAUUGUUUCUGGUGCUCGUGCUGGUCUCUGGAAGGAAGCUGAAGCAUUUCAAGCCCUCCUGGAAUCAGAUACUUGCAAGAGCUUGGUUCAUAUUUUCUUCGCCCAGCGUGGCACCACAAAGGUACCAGGUGUCACUGAUCUAGGGUUGAAACCAAGGAGCAUCAAGAAGGUUGCUAUACUUGGUGGAGGGCUUAUGGGCUCUGGAAUAGCAACGGCAUUGAUUCUUUCAAAUUACCAAGUUAUCCUGAAAGAAGUCAAUGAUAAGUUCUUGCAAGCUGGGAUUGGUAGAGUAAAAGGAAAUCUGCAAAGCCGUGUCAAGAAAGGGCAAAUGAGCCAAGAGAAGUUCGAAAAGACUCUUUCUUUGCUCAAAGGUGUUCUCGAUUAUGAAAGCUUUAGAGAUGUAGACAUGGUUAUUGAGGCGGUGAUUGAGAAUGUAUCCUUGAAGCAGCAAAUAUUCUCGGAUCUUGAGAAAUUCUGUCCUCCACACUGCAUUCUUGGUAGUAACACUUCUACUAUUGACCUCAAUUUGAUUGGAGAGAAAACGAGGUCUCAGGAUCGUAUUAUUGGAGCACAUUUUUUCAGUCCGGCUCACGUGAUGCCGCUUUUAGAAAUUGUCCGCACUCAGAAGACUUCUCCUCAAGUAAUUGUAGACUUAUUGGAUGUUGGGAAGAAAAUAAAGAAGACGCCUGUUGUAGUUGGAAAUUGCACGGGCUUUGCCGUCAACAGAAUGUUCUUCCCUUACACUCAAGCUGCUCUUCUGCUCGUCGAACGUGGUACAGAUGUUUAUCAGAUUGAUCGUGCGAUUACCAAUUUCGGGAUGCCUAUGGGUCCAUUCAGAUUGUGCGACCUUGUUGGUUUUGGUGUUGCAAUUGCUACUGGGGGACAAUUUGUUCUGAAUUUCCCAGAAAGAACUUACAAGUCGAUGCUGAUACCGCUCAUGCAAGAGGACAAGAGAGCAGGCGAAACUACUCGCAAGGGGUUCUAUGUCUACGACGAGAAGCGCAAGGCGAGCCCUGAUCCGGAAAUAAAAAGAUACAUUGAGAAGGCCAGAGAGCUUUCCGGUGUUACCAUCGACCCUAAGUUAACGAAAAUGUCAAAUAAGGAUAUCGUGGAGAUGAUAUUCUUUCCAGUUGUGAACGAGGCAUGCCGAGUACUUGCUGAGGGCAUUGCCGUAAAAGCUGCUGAUCUCGACAUAUCAGCUGUCAUGGGAAUGGGGUUUCCUCCUUACAGGGGAGGUAUCAUUUUCUGGGCCGACACUCUGGGAUCGAAAUACAUUUGUGCACGACUGGAAGAGUGGUCAAAGUCUUACGGAGGAUUCUUCAAGCCCUGCUCGUAUUUGGCCGAACGAGCCGCAAAGGGUGCUCCUCUGAGUUUAAUGACAGAUCCGGCAAAGUCCCGGUUAUAAGGCGGAUACCCAGUUUGCUGGUUGCCGUAUCUCGUCUCCCAUCGUUGCUGCAAUUUCUUCGUUAUAUGCUUCUAUGUUGAUCCCAUGUUUGAGAGGGUUAGUGGGGAGCAGAAUAAUGGGAAUAUGAAGGAGAGUAAUAAUGUAACUGCAAGAAUUGAGAACAAACUUUUAUAUGUAGUGAGAACAAGUUUUCUUAAAUGCAUUAUUCCCAGUUUUAUUUACUAGCAAUUCUCUCGAUGAAACUGCAGUUCAGACUCUUUCGAUCAUAUUCAUCUUUUGGUACUUUGUCUUC